AUGGAGUCCUGGGCGAUGCGCGUCACCGUUCAGCGCCGCCUCGGGCUCCCCCUCGAUGUCGCCUGCCAGGCGGCGGAGGCAGGCAAGAGGGCACCCAACGGCCAGCUGCACGACAUCCUCGGCGACGCCGCGAUGGUUAACCCUCAGUUAAAGCAUGCUACAAGACACAAAUUCCUACUCAAACGACUGGUCAAGACCCUCCGCUCGGCGUGGGGCAUGAUCAUCGAGAUGGAGCCGACUGCACACCUCAGUUACAGUAACCCCAAACAACCUGACGUGGCGGCGGCAAACAUCGGCAGGGGGCACAGGCGCCUUGUUGCCGAUUUGAAGCUCACGAGCUCGCUUGCGAGCAAGGGCAAGGACGCGGCCGGCGACGGAGAGCUCGGCUGGAAGGGGGCGUAUGUUCGCUUCGGCAAUACGGAGCCCGGGCUGCUGAAUCUGGGAAAGCUCAAGGAGCUGGAUGGCGAUUACCGCUUUGCGCAGGAGCAGGAUUGCGAUCUGCGCUUGUUCGACUUCGAGAGCUUCGGAGGCUUUGGAAAGGAGGUUCGCAGCACCCUGAGGGAGGCGGCGAACCAGCUGAGCAACAAACUUUCGCAUGCUCAGCACCUCGAUGAGGCUGCGAUGCGUUCGCGCGUCGCCGCCGACAGCUUUGUGUCCGCUUCUUACUUGCGCGACCAGCUCCUCCUCGCGUCGCGCUCGAGCGAGAACCUCGUGGACGGCUGUGUCGGCGGCUUCUCCCGCACGUCGUCGCUGGCCGACCUGGCGUACGUCGCCGUGCCGGGUCUGACACAGCGCGUUGUGCACAACCGAUCGGUGGUGUCGCUGGCCAACCUGUCCGACAACUUUUCCGAGAUACCGGCGCACGAGUCUCCGGUCGUCCUCACCGGCGGCUCCUCUCGCCCGCUCGCCGGCGCGGCUGCCGUCGCCAUGCUCUCGACGCUCAUGUGCGGGUACAGCCUCGGGAGCAUGAACACGCUAGCCAAGCCGCUGCGCGCCGCGCUGGGAAUCCCUCCCGCAGCGCUCACGCCUGAGGGCGUCGCCAUCCCGCUGCCGUCCAACGACCUUCUCUGGUCGCUUAUCGUGUCCAUCUUUAUGCUUGGCGCGCUGCUGGGCUGCAACGCCACGACGGCGCUCACGGACCGUUGGGGCCGCAAGACGUACCUGCUCUGGGUCACCGCCGUCUUCUUCGUCGGCGCCCUCCUCGAGGCAGCGAGCGCGCUGCCCGAGUGCGCCGUCGCCGGCGGGUGGCUGGUCUGCUUCGACCGCGUGCUGCUGCUGCUGCUGGGCCGGCUCGUGUCCGGCAUCGCGUGCGGCGGUGCCGCGGUGGUAGUCCCGCUCUACCUCGGCGAGGUCUCCCCCGCCCACCUGCGAGGCGCGCUCGGAACCGCAAACCAGCUCGCCCUCGGCCUGGGGAUGCUCGCCGCCCAGCUGCUCGGGCUACCGGCCGGACUCGGCACUCUGCAGGGCUGGCCCGUCCUGCUCGGCCUGCCCGCGCUGCCCGCGCUGCUGCAGCUCCUCUUCCAGCCCCUCCUGCUCGAGUCGCCGCGGUGGUACGUCCAGCUACGGGACCGCCCUCCCGACGACCUGGAGGUGCAGGAGGAGCUCUACUGCAUGCUCGAGGCGGCGCGGCGCGGCCACGACCUGCUCCAGAUCCAGCUCGAGCGCUCGCUCACGCGAGCCUCUUCCCACUCCUCGUGCGGCUCCAACCUAGGCGCCCAGUCCCAAGCGAUGGGCGCCACCGGCUGCGGCUCGGCCCUCCCGGCCGCGCACAUGAGCCUCGACGACGUUGCGCAGCUCCGGGCGCCGCCCAUCUGGCAGGCGGUGGCAACGCAGCCCGCCGUGCGCCGCGCGCUGCUCAUCACAGUCAGCCUCACCGCGCUGCAGCAGCUCUCUGGGGUGGCAAACCUCUUCAACUUCUCCUCCACCUACCUGCUCGCCCGCGGCUUCUCCGACGCCACCUGCGCGAGCGUCGCCGUCGCCGUGCACGCGAGCAACGUCUGCGCCACGCUGCUGACCGCCCUGCUCAUGGACUACCUCGGCCGCCGGCGUUUGCUCCUCGCCUCCACGUUCGGCGCAGCCGCCUGCGCCGCACUCCUCACUUUGGCGGCCGCCAGCCCGCUCGAGCCGUGGGCGCCGCCGCUCUGCAUCGCGGCGGCAGCCGGUUUCGUCGGGUCGUUUGCGCUCGGCCUCGGCCCCGUCGCAUUGCUGCUGCCCGCAGAGGUUUUCCCCGCGGCGUACCGCUCGACGGGCGCCGCGCUCGCCUCCUCGGUGCAUUGGACGGCGCAGUUCGCGACGACCUUCGUCUUUUUGCUCCAAGCCGAACGGCUCGGGGCGGCCGCUUUCGUGCCGCACGCUGCCCUGCUGCUCUUCGGGCUCGUUUUCGCGGCCGUCCACGGCGCCUGA